AUGCUUGAUAAAGUAAGGAGAGAAAUCAUUAGAAUUCAAAGACAAUUUCUAUGGUUUGGAUUGAAGGAAGGCAAGGGAGUGAAUUGGAUAAGCUGGAAGAUAGUGUGCAAACCAAAAUCUAAGGGAGGACUUGGGGUCAAAGAUAUUAGCAUAUUCAAUAAGGCACUAUUACGUAAGUGGAUAUGGAGGAUCCUAAAUGAUAAGGAAGCUAUAUGGAGUGACAUGAUUCAACUCAGAUAUGGAAACUUAAUAAGGAGCAUGUGGCUUGAUGAAAAUAAACAUCACCCUUCUAAGCAAUCUCUUUGGUGUAGGGACCUCAAUGCCAUUGGACUGAAUAUGAAGAGCUUUAACAUUGAUAAAACUGGAAUUAGACACAUUGCUAAAUUCAAACUUGGCAAUGGUUACUCAACUCCCUUUUGGAAAGGGAUUUCGUUUGGCUCAAAUCCCUUAGAAGAGAUUUUUCCACUCUUAUAUUGUCACACUGCUAACACUAAGGCCAUGGUCAGUGGCAUGGGGGAUUGGCUUCAAAGAUCAUGGCAUUGA